AAGAAGAAGAAGAAGAAGAAGCUCUGACGUAUGUAGUUUUACGACGGUGUGCUUUACCAGUUUCCGACAGUGUUACUCGGGAAGCGCAACUCUUGUGAAUAAACCGUUUUGGUUUCCUGUUUUAAGUUCUGAAAACUAAUAUUUAGAUAAUUUCAAACUAAUUAUCGCCAUACAUAACUAUAUCGAUAACCGAUAUAGUGAAAGUAUCAGUCGAAAUACGUGUUCUAUCAGCUUCAGUUCAGUUCUGAAGUUGCAACGCGAAGCCCGGCGGCUUUGAAAAGUUUGUUGUUGUCACGUGACACGAAUGUAGUGAUAAAGUUUUUGUUUGUUUAUUAAAACGACCAUAGAUACAAAAACAACAUUACAUAUUACGUUACUAUUUUAAAACAAUGCCUCAACCAAAAUACAGGAAGAUUGCUGUGAUUGGGUACAGAUCUGUUGGAAAGUCUUCUCUCACAAUACAGUUCGUGGAAGGACAGUUUGUAGAUUCAUAUGACCCUACCAUUGAAAACACCUUCAACAAAAUGGUGUCUGUCAACGGUCAAGAUUUCAAUCUUCAGUUGGUCGAUACUGCUGGUCAGGACGAGUACUCUAUUUUCCCUCAGUCUCAUUCAAUGGACAUCCAUGGUUAUGUCUUGGUCUACGCAGUAACCUCCAUGAAAAGUUUUGAAGUUGUUCAGGUUCUUCAUGACAAGCUGCUAGAUAUGGUUGGGAAAAUACAGGUGCCAACUGUUCUUGUUGGAAAUAAAAAAGAUCUCCACAUGGAAAGGGUGAUCAAGCCAGAGGAAGGGAAGAAGCUGGCCCACUCAUGGGGAGCAGCAUUCAUGGAGUCUUCUGCCAAGGAAAACGAGACCGCUGUAGAGGUAUUCAAGCGGAUCAUUCUGGAGAUGGAGAGGGCGGAUGGGAACGUUCCUUCAGAGGAUAAAAAGUGUGCCGUGAUGUAAGAGGGUCUCACCAGGACAGCAGUAAGCUCAUUGGAUGAAGCCAGGGGAGACAACGUCACCAGCCUGCCAAUCAUGACUUCCCUAGCACCAAGGAGCCGCAGUCGAAAUGUGGCCACUUUAUAAUUCAACAGUGUUUUACACAAAGGCACCCAAUCACACUCAAGGCUGACUAAAAAGAACUCUGACAGGUGUCACACAAGGGUUUCAUUGUCAGUUUUACUGAAAAAACCUUGUACAUAAGUUUGGUUGGCAUAAACCAAACCUCAUGAAAAUACCAAAUGUAAUGUAAGAGCCACAAGCCCAAACUUCACAACAAAAAACAGCUCCCUGAUAAUUGCAAUCAAAUAGCUAGCCAUGUAUCAACAGAUGGAGCGGUGACUGGUUAGUGUCCCCAACUCUCACUGGCUAGCUUCACCUUGUACAUAAUAAGGGCUGACCUUGAUGCCUAAAAAACAUGCCUGACUUUUUUUUCUCAGGUCAUUGUUUGGAAAGCACUAUAAUUCACAACUGAUUAAUGUAUUGGUUACAGUAUCUAGGAAUGAGUUCUCUUUCACACAAGAUGUGUAUUGCAGAAAUACAUUUCAUCUAGCAUUGGUCUUGGCUAACAUUUUUUCACUGUAAAGCUUUCAGCAAGUCAACUUCAGGUUACACUUCACUCUUGAACUGUAAAUCAUGUCUUUUAGGAAACAUGCCAAUUUGUAUUUUCUAGAAUACAGUUUUAUGUUCUUCUG